AUGGAACCUGUGAUCAAUGCGGUCGAAGAGGCAAUCGCAGCGCCGACACGAGUUGGCUACGGAGAAUUGCUGCAAGACGAAAAAGUGCGAGCACUGGAGAAGGAGAAACCCGAAUUGUGGCACACGCUUAACGUCUUUACAUAUGGCACGUAUGCGGAUCUUUUGCCGUCGACUUCGCUCUCCAACGAGGCGACGAUGAAAAUGCGACAGUUGACGAUUCUAUCGAUGGCCGCAAAAGAACGACAAAUCCCAUUCGAUCGUCUGCUGAGUGCACUCAAACUUGACACCGAUCGUGCUGUUGAGGAUUUGAUCAUUGAUGCGAUGUACAAAGGAUUGCUGAAAGGUCGCCUUAACAGUAUGGAUCGGUGUUUUGAGGUUGAAGAAUGGCAAUCCCGGGAUUUCCCGCUCGAGAAGUUGCCCGCACUUCGACAGUCUUUCUACGCUUGCCUCAACAACGUGGAACAUGUGGUCAGCGAAUGCAACAAAAUGGCCGCAAUUGAAGAGAACAACGCUUUCGUGCAAAAUGAAGAGGAGAUGGCCCGGCAGGAAAGAAUUGGAAAUGCUCGAAAAGAAGUCGAAGAGGAGAUGCGCUUAACCGGUUUCAUGGGCGGAAGCAGACAGUAUCUUGGAAUGCCCGGCACAUCGAUGCAGAAGGAGAAGCGAAAGAUGCUCCGAAAGAUUUUCAAG